CAUGUCCCCGCUGUGGCCCUGCCGGUGGCUCCUGGCUCUGCUGGCUCUGUCCCCGGGGGUCUCGGGGGGUCCCGGGGGGGCCGCGGAGCUGCGGCGGCGCCCCGGGGACACCGGACCCCGGCCCGAGGAGCUGGAGGCGCUGGAGGCUCUGGGGACCCCCGUGCAGGUGGUGGCAGCCGGGCAGGAGCUCCGGGCCUUUGGGGACAUCGAGGAGGAGCCCAAAGUCAUCGGGUACUUCGAGGGACGGGACUCGGAGCCCUUCCAGGCCUUCUCCGCCACUGCCCAGCGCUUCCACCCCUCCCUCCUCUUCUUCGCCACCUUCGACCCCCAGGCGGCGCAGGAGCUGCGGCUGGGGCUGAACCAGCUCCACCUCUUCGAGCCCUUCCUGGAGCAGCCCCGGAGCUUCCGGGGGGACCCCGGGGACCCCCACGGGAUCGAGGCCUUCGUGGAGAGCAGCAAACGGGCCACUCUGCAGAAACUCAAAGCUCAGAGCACGUCCCGGAACUGGGAGGACCUUUGGGAUGGGACCCACAUCGUGGCCUUUGCCGAGGGGGAUGAUCCCGACGGGUUCGAGUUCCUGGAGAUCCUGAAGGAGGUGGCCCGGGACAAGAGGGACAAUCCCGAGUUCAGAAUCCUGUGGAUCGAUCCCGAUGAUUUCCCGAUGCUCGUCCCCUCCUGGGAGGACACCUUCGACCUCGACCUGUCCCGGCCCCAGCUCGGCGUGGUCAAUGGCACCGACCAUGCCAGCAGCGUGUGGCUGGACAUGGAGGAUGAGGAGGAUCUGCCGGGACCUGAGGAGGUCCUGGAGUGGCUCGAGGAGGUUCUGGAGGGGGACACUGGGGACAGGGAUGGCGAUGACGAUGAAGAGGAUGAUGAUGACGAUGAUGAUGAAGACGAUGAUGAUGAAGAUGAUGACGAUGACGAUGACGAUGAUGACAAUGAUGGUGAUAAAGUUGAUGAUGAUGAUGAUGAUGCUGACUCAUAA